ACCUCUAAGCGUGGGAAGCAAGCCAGUUCGCCAUACAGCCUGUUUUUCAACCGCGAGCUCAAGCGUCUAAAGGAAGAAGACCCCGAAAUCUCGCACAAGGACGCGUUCAAGCAAGCCGGUCUCAACUGGAGAAAUAGCACCGAAAACCCAAAGAAUCAG